UGACCACCCGCGUCGGUGGUUUUAUGCUAUUUACACUUCUCCCCUCUUGAUUGGAACUUGGACUUUAGUAGUGUGUGGUUGUUCUAAUUCUAGAGGCCGCCCUGCACUUUUUUGCUGUCUGCGCUUGUAUUUGUGUCGAUCCACUUCUUCUCCAUUUCCCAUUGCAAGCAAGCAGAAGAACUCCUCCUCCUUCUCCUCCUCAUCUUGUUCGAAGUUUGUUCGGUUCAUUCGACUCCCGGAUCGGGUCUCAUCUCCCACAGCCAUGGCAGAGAAGGUGACAAUAAUGGUGAUCAAGGUCGACCUUCAAUGUGACCGUUGCUACCGGAAAAUCAGGAAGGUGCUCUGCAGUUUUCCCGAAAUACGAGACCAAGUCUACGAUGAGAAGCAGAACUUGGUGACGAUCACGGUGGUGAGCUGCUGCCCCGAGAGAAUUCUGAAGAAGAUCUGCUCCAAGGGAGGAAAGUCGGUCGAGAAGAUCGAGAUGAUAUCCCGGGAUAAGAAGAAAGAAGGCGGCGACAAAGCCAAGGACGGUUCCGGCGAAAAAAAGAAGGACGAGCAGAAGGGCAAGGAGGCCGAUCCAAAGAAGAAGGAGUCCGAUAAAACUGCAGCUAAGCAGCCCGAAAAGAAGAAGGAAGGCGGGGAUAAGCCCAAAGAGAUCAAAGAGCCUGAGAAGAAGGUGGCAAAGGAGUCCAUGCCAGUGCCUGUGGCGGGUUACCCUUCCAUCUUCCCACCCGUGUACCCUCUCCAGGCUUAUUACGAUCCAUACCAGCAACAUCAGGUGUACGCCGGCGGGCACAUGUCUUGCCCGUGCAAUCAGUGCCAUGGGAUGCCGGGUUACUACAUGGCUCGCGAAGGCAACAGGGGUAAUUACUACGGGAAUCGGGUCGACUACUUCAGCGAAGAGAAUCCCUCAUUCUGCACAGUCAUGUAAUGACAAUAAGUGAGAAGUUCUUCCAUAUCGCCAAGAUUACGAUCGUUAGUGUCUAUGUUUAGUUUAAUUAUUUGAUGUGUUUUUUGUUGGGGUCUGGUGAGGCUAAGUCGAAAAGAAGUUGCUGUUAAUAAAAGGUCGAUUUGGCAGUUAGUUUCUGUGAACAUGAAAGUUGUUCCAACUAAUUGUGCGCAAGGUGUUUUCCGCUUGUUGGCUCAGACUAAUCCGGUGUUGUUUAUUCGGUGCAA